AUGAGUGAGCGGAGAAGAUCUGCAGUAGCCCUCAGCUCCCGGGCUCACGCUUUCUCGGUAGAAGCCUUGAUUGGGACAAAUAAAAAGCGGAAACUGCGAGACUGGGAGGACAAGGGGUUGGAUUUGUCCAUGGAGAGCCUCAGCCCCAAUGGCCAGCUAGGGGAGAACGAAGACCCGACCCAGUGCCUGGACCUCAACCCCGAUUCAGAGCCGAGUACUGGGUCAGACACAGAGGUGUUGACUGAGAGAACAUCCUGCUCAUUUGGCUCCCACUCUGACCUCACAUCUGGUGGCUCAGGUCCCCAGCCUCCUCCUCCAUCAUCCAUGGAGGAGAUCCAGGUAGAGCUGCAGUGUGCUGACCUCUGGAAAAGAUUCCAUGACAUUGGGACAGAGAUGAUCAUCACUAAAGCAGGCAGGAGAAUGUUUCCAGCCAUGAGAGUGAAAAUUACAGGCUUAGACCCUCACCAGCAGUAUUACAUAGCCAUGGACAUUGUGCCUGUGGAUAACAAGAGAUACAGGUACGUGUAUCACAGCUCCAAGUGGAUGGUGGCGGGCAACGCUGACUCCCCAGUGCCUCCCAGGGUGUAUAUCCAUCCCGACUCGUUGGCUUCUGGCGACACCUGGAUGAGGCAGGUUGUCAGUUUUGACAAACUCAAGCUGACCAACAACGAGCUUGAUGAUCAAGGCCACAUAAUCCUACAUUCAAUGCACAAGUACCAGCCUCGAGUUCAUGUGAUCCGCAAGGACUUCAGCAGUGAUCUGUCUCCUACAAAACCAGUCCCUGCAGGUGAUGGAGUGAAAACUUUCAACUUCCCUGAAACUGUCUUCACCACAGUGACAGCCUAUCAAAACCAGCAGAUCACUCGAUUAAAAAUUGACCGAAACCCUUUUGCUAAAGGAUUCAGAGAUUCUGGGAGGAACAGAACCGGCCUGGAGGCCAUUAUGGAAACAUAUGCGUUCUGGAGGCCCCCUGUGCGUACCCUCACUUUUGAAGAUUUCACUACCAUGCAGAAACAGCAAGGGGGCAGCACAGGCACCUCCCCAACAACCUCCAGCACCGGGACCCCAUCACCCUCUGCCUCCUCUCAUCUCCUCUCUCCAUCCUGUUCCCCUCCAACCUUUCACUUGGCCCCCAACACUUUCAAUGUUGGCUGCCGGGAGAGCCAGCUGUGCAAUCUCAACCUGUCCGAUUAUCCCCCAUGUGCCAGAAGCAACAUGGCUGCCUUACAGAGCUACCCAGGGCUAAGUGACAGUGGGUACAACCGACUCCAAAGUGGCACUGCUUCUGCCACUCAGCCCUCAGAAACCUUCAUGCCUCAGAGGACUCCAUCCUUGAUCUCAGGAAUGCCUACUCCUUCCUCUCUGCCUAACAAUGGUAAGAUGGAGGCCUUUGGUGGCCAGCUGGGAUCAUUCCCAGCCUCUCAGUUUCAAUAUGUCAUGCAAGCAGGCAACCCUGCCUCCACCUCUUCUUCUUCACAUAUGUUUGGUGGUGGCCACAUGCAGCAGAGCUCCUACAAUGCCUUCUCCCUUCACAACCCUUACAACCUGUAUGGAUACAAUUUCCCUGCUUCCCCUAGGCUGGCAGCAAGCCCAGAGAAACUGACCACCCCUCAAAGCACUUUACUCUGUUCUUCCCCUUCCAAUGGGGCUUUUGGAGAGAGGCAAUACCUUUCAACAGGGGUGGAUCAUGGAAUGCACAUGAUCAGUCCUCCAUCCAGCAACCAGCAAACAGCCAACGCCUGUGACAACAGACAAUAUGGGGCUGUUCCAGGCUCAUCUUCACAGAUGUCUGUGCACAUGGUUUAA